AUGAUACGUAGUUUCCGGUUUAGAGCUCCAACGAAUCAUCCUGGUUCUUCCAUCAAAACCGGCCACAGCCACCGGUUAAUCAGGCUUCCGAUGAGAUGCUCGUCACCAGAUCUCAGCCAUUAUACGGUUCUUGGUUUGACCCCUUUUGCAUCUCAAGCCGAAGUCAAGCGGGCUUUCAAACGUCUCGCUCUUAAGUACCACCCAGAUGUGCACAAGGGACAGGAGAAAGAUUUCAAGGAAAUCAUAUCAGCUUAUGAGUGUUUAAUGCAAAAGUUUGAGAAUCAAGAAGAAGAAGUAGAGGAGACUACAGAAAUUGAUGAGACCGAUGAGUGGGAGGAAUGGAUGGGAUUCGAAGGUGGGAUACCAUCAAGCGUAUACACUUCCUUUUAG